UUGAAAUUUCGCUUCUCACUAACAUUGCCACCCUGUCAGCUCACCACCUUGUUAUUUCCAAAUUCCAACACAACCAAUGAUGAACACUUUCUACUCUCUGUCUUUGCUCUUUUCCUAUAUAUUCAAGUUUAAUGCUAUCCCCUAAUUCAUUCAUUCGUGUUAUAACCGAAGCUUUGUUAUUGCCACCAACUUUCAAGGUUGUAAUUGCACUGUGACCACAUAAUACGUAAUGGAAGAAGAGAAGUCCAACUCCAUCAACAACAAAAUCGAAUUACAGCCAGAGUCUGUGGAAGACUCUGUUCCCGAAGAACAUUCCUCCGUUCAAGAAAAGGAAUCGGAGAAACCAGACCCUCCAAACACUCUCACUACUACAGUUGUUCAAAAGGUUGAAGAUCAUGCUGGUAAAACAGAUAAAGAGGAUUCAAUUGACAGAGAUGCUGGACUUGCAAGAGUUGUGGCAGAGAAAAGAUUGGCUUUAAUUAAAGCAUGGGAAGAAAGUGAAAAGACAAAAGCAGAGAACAGGGCAUACAAGAAGUUCUCUGCUGUUGGAUUGUGGGAGGAUAGCAAGAAAGCAGAUGUAGAGGCACAACUCAAGAAAAUUGAGGAAAACUUGGAAAGAAAGAAAGCUGAGUAUGUUGAAAAAAUGAAGAAUAAAAUAGCUGAAAUCCACCGGUCAGCAGAAGAGAAAAGGACAACUGUUGAGGCCCAAAAAAAGGAAGAAUUCCUCGACCUAGAGGAGACAGCUGCAAAGUUUCGUAGCCGUGGAGAUAUGCCAAGGAAAUUUUUUGCAUGCUUUAGUGGCUAAGUUUUUUAAGCCAAAUAAAGACCAAAUUCUCACUGGAUUGGUUACAUGUUGUUGUAAGUGUGCUUUGGUGUGUUGUGUCUUCCUAGUUCCUAUAUGUAUUAUUUUAAACAAAUGUGAGCAGUUCAUAUAAACGGAUUUAAAAUAUUUGGACUACUAUUAACUCUACAUAUUUUAG